AUGUAUGAGAAUCGUUAUUACGUCAGUGUUACAUAUGCAAAUGGAUAUAUCUAUGCAAUUGGAGGUCAUAAUGGUGAAUAUGGAGGUCGUUUAGACUCUGCAGAAAGAUAUACCGUGGAUGGAAAUUUAUGGCAAACUAUAUCUUCAAUGAAUCAUAUACGUAGUGAUGGGUCAACUGGAGAAUUACAUGGGAAAAUAUAUGUGAUUGGUGGAUUUGAUGGUCGAUAUUAUCACGAUUCAGUGGAAUAUUAUGAACCGUUGACGGAUCAAUGGACCUUAAUAAAUCGAAUGAAUUCACCGAGAGGUGGUGUAUCACUUAUUCAACAUGGUGAUUACUUAUAUGCUAUUGGUGGAAACAAUGGAAAUGAUCGUUUGAAAUCCAUUCAACGAUAUGAUCCGAAAGAAAAUAAAUGGGAAAUAAUUGGAGAAAUGAGUCGAAUUAUUUUCGAGUGGGUUUGGGACAAAUAA